AUGGCUUUAAAUUCUGGUUGCAGUUUGCUAGUGAUGGCACUUAUUUUUGGUAGCUCCUCUUAUGUCUUGUUCCUACAACCUGUUAUUGCUACCAGCAUGCCACCUUCUAAUUCCUCAUCCAUAAAUCAGGAACUUCAGGCUUUACUCCAGAGUGGUUGGUGCAAUGAUCAUCUAAAUAUUUCAAAUCACUGUGAUUGGAAUGGUAUCAUAUGCAAUGAAGAUGGAAGUGUUACGAAUAUUGAUGCAUGGGCAUUCAAUAUUCCUCAGUCAGAAGAAUUGCUGCAGAUUAAGAACUUGAAUGUAACUGCAUUCACCAAUUUAGUUCGUCUUGAUCUCUAUGCACUGGAACUCACAGGAACUAUCCCUAUGGAAAUAGGUACACUUACAAAGUUUACUCAUCUUGACCUCUCUAACAAUCAUAUUCAUGGUAGGAUACCUAAAGAACUCUUAAAUCUCACUCAACUUGAGAAGCUUGAUCUUUCAUGCAAUUCUCUUGGUGGUGUUAUCCCUUCUGCUUUUGAUCAAUUGGAGAAUUUGACCUAUCUCGGCCUUCGUUCUAACCAAAUUCAAGUUCAAUCCCGUAUACUUUUGGUCAAGAGUUUUCGCAAUGAGGUCAAGAUGUUAACCAAAAUUCGAAAUAGAAACAUUGUAAAGCUUCAUGGAUUUUGCCUUCACAAGCGAUGCAUGUUUCUUGUCUAUCAAUACAUGGAAAAUGGUAGCUUAUUUUAUGCCUUGAACAAUGAUGUGGAAGCUGCAGAGUUGAACUGGAGUAAGAGGGUAAACAUCAUCAGAGGAAUGGCACAUGCUUUGUCCUACAUGCAUCAUGAUUGUACCCCACCAAUUGUUCAUCGAGAUGUAACAAGUAGCAAUAUUUUGUUGAACUCACAAUUGGAGGCUUUUAUCUCAGAUUUUGGCACAGCUAGACUCCUUGAUCCUGAUUCUUCAAAUAAUACUUUGGUAGUUGGCACGUAUGGAUAUAUUGCUCCAGAACUUGCUUACACAUUGACUGUGACAGAAAAAUGUGAUGUUUAUAGUUUUGGAGUGGUGGCAUUAGAAACAUUAAUAUCAAACUUGUCCACUCAAAGCAAAUUGUUGAAAGAUCUUGUGGAUUCACGUGUUCCUCUUCCUUCAAAUCCAAAAAUUGCUAAAGAUAUAGUUAUUGUGAUAAUGCUAGCAUUGGCAUGUGUGAAUUCUAAACCAAACUCUAGACCAUCUAUGCAACAAGUGGUUCAUGAACUCCACGGUUCCAAAUUGCCACUAUGUUUGCCUUUAUCUGAAAUUUCAAUCCACCACAUCAUGACUCGAGAUAUAUCUUCUUCAUGUGUUACAGGACCAAAAUAA